CUCAAAAUCUUUUUUUUUUUGUUCAAUGAUUUGAUCUUAUCGUAACUGCUCUGAACUUUUAAAUUACAAAGAUAAAGACAAAUUAAUUAUGUAGUUUUUCUACGUUUCUAUAUUACAGACAAAGCAAUGUGUUGUCUUAUCAUAAGAAACGUGUAGUUGCUGUUUGUUUACCUUUUUUCCCCACCCACCCUCCAGAAUAUGCUAUGUGUCGGUCAUCAAAUGAGCCAGAACAGGUUUGUGAGCACAACAAAUUAUAAUGAGUUUUGAAACAAAACCUGCUCUUAAGCUCCCGGUCAUUGAUUUCACAAGCCGAGAUCUAAAGUCGGGAACUGUCGAGUGGGACUUGGUAAGCGGUGAUGUGCGGAGAGCUUUGGAAGAAUACGGAUGCUUCGAAGCCUUGUUCGAUAAAGUCACUGCCGAGCUUCGGAAGGCGGUGUUUGAAGCCUCGGAGGAUCUUUUCCGGCUACCGUUAGAGACAAAACAGAGAACUGUGUCAGAGGUAAAAUACAAAGGAUAUGUCGGUCAGAAUCCUACAAAUCCUCUGUAUGAAGGAGUGGGUAUUGACGUUGCAGAAAAUGAAGAGAACGUCAAAGCCUUUACUCAGAAGCUUUGGCCUCAAGGCAACAAGAAUUUCAGCGACACGGUUCUCUCAUUUACCAAGAUUGUAUCAGAACUUGACUUCAAGAUCCGGAGAAUGGUUAUGGUUAGUUUCGGGAUCAACGAAAACUACAUAGACGAACAUCUCAAAUCGACAAAAUGCCUAAUGCGGAUGAUGAAAUACAGAGGAGUUGAUGAAACAGAGGAGGAGCUAGGCAUGGAGGCUCAUACAGAUAGAAAUGUGCUCACCAUUACUCUUGUAUUUGUUGUAUCCUAGUAGAAUAUAAUAAAA